AUGAGCCCGGAUGAGGGCCACCAAUUCGAAACCACCAACCGCAACCACAACGGAAGCCAGUCCAGCCAACGCAUCACGAGCGAGCAAACGAAGAGCGCCAGCGUACAUAUAACUACGACGAGCGUGCCUGGGAUGGACGAGAAGAAUGAUGCAAUGGGCGGUGGCGUUCAGGGAAUGUCCGAGGACGAUGCGGACAUGCAGAGCAUGUACCACUAUCCUCCUGCCCCGAGCUCGCACAGGGCCGGAAUGCCGUACUUAGAGGAGGAAUUCUUGACUGUCAACUCGGAUCCAGCUGCAUCCACGCGCUCGCUUUGGGCUCAUGACCUCGACUAUCGUGAGAUUCACGGCCGCCUAUACUGUCGCGAGUACUACAUGCCCAUUGACGAAAUUGAACAGAUGCGCUCAUCCCUGUACCACCAGGUCUUCCUGCACCUUCUUGGUCCAGAAUCGUCCACGGUCGUGCUGGAAUCGCCUUCCCACAUACUGGACGUCGGUACGGGGACAGGGGAGUGGGCCAUCCGCAUGGCGGAGCGGUAUCCUGAUUGUGAGGUCGUGGGCACAGAUAUCGCUGCCAUAGCAGAGACAAACCGCGUCCCGAUCAACGUGUUCUUUGAGAUUGAGGACGCCGAGGACUGGGAUCGCCCGCCGGACUGCUAUGAUUUGAUUCACUUUCGCGCCAUGGAGGGCGCGUUUCGUAAUUGGAAGGCGCUGUAUAAUCACGUCUUCUACUCUCUGAAACCAGGCGGUUGGAUAGAGGUUCAAGACUUCGAUACGGACUCGCUCAAAAAGACCACAGAGCAAUUUCGGCCAGACUCGCCCGUACACGCCUUGCUAGCCGACCUGGCAGUCGCGGCUGAAAAGGCUGAACGACCCAGAGGCACCAAGCAUAUGAAUCCACGAUUCUUUAUAGACGCGGGAUUCGUGGAUGUGAGAGCGACGGAAUAUGCCAUACCCAUCACCGUGGCAGAGAAAUCAGCCGGCAAGAUUUGGCUGGUCUCAUGCCUGGACUCAAUCGAGGCUUUGUGUCUGAGACUCCUGACAGAGCAUAUGGAUUGGGAUCCAGAAGAAUGCAAGGCAGCGUGUGAACAGGCAGCUCGUGAGACGGCGGAGCUGGCAAAAGAUCCCGAAAAAUCAAAGAGCCUGGUGGUCAAAUUCUCCAACUCCCAUCUCCAAGUCCUCGGCUUCCUUCGCACCCCAACCAGCCAGCCUCUCGUCUCUCACAACUGCGGCGGCCACGGCGAACCAUCCAACAAGAUGGCCCUCGAACUCCCCGACGGCUUUGCAGCCGCCAACGCCGCCGGCUCUGCUUCCAAUGGAAAUGCAAAUCUCGCCCACGACCUCCCCAUCUUCACGAUCGAGCGCGUCCAGCUGGCUUUCAGUAUCGCGGCCGACUUUGCCGCUGCCGAAGUAGCAAACAACGUGAUCAUUCUUGCUCUGUCCAAUGGCCGGAUACUCAGGAUCGACCUAACGCGACCCGAAGAUAUCGAUGACAUAGACCUUCCGAAAAAAGGCGCCGACACGGGCAUUCGACGCAUGUUCCUCGAUCCAACGGCUUCUCACCUCAUCGUUUGUGCCGCCAAUGGGGAGAAUUACUACCUUCACUCUCAAUCGCGACAGGUCCGCCCGCUCAGCCGACUACGAGGCGUCAUCAUCGAAAGCGUAGCGUGGAACCCCUCCCUCCCUACAGCGUCGACACGAGAGAUCCUGAUUGGUGCCACCGACGGUAACAUUUACGAGGCGUUCAUCGAAACAUCGAAUGAGUUCUACAAGAAAGAAGUGAAGCAUCUCAAGAACCUGCAUCGCCUGCCAGACGGGCCGAUCACUGGACUGUGGGUGGACGAUCUGAAAGGCAAGACUGAUGUUAGGAGAGUGGUCAUCGGCACCAACACGCGACUAUUUCACUUGGUGGGCAAGAUCGGUCAUAGUCAUGACGGGAGUGGCUCUGUGUAUACCAAGCUGUUUGAGUCGGAACAGCCAGUCGUCCACGAGCUGUCUCGAGCAACGCACAGUACUGCGCCUUCGGUCGUCGUCUCGCCAGAUCCUCCCCAGGAGAAAGGUCACCGGCAGCAUGAACUUCCCGAGAGAGCAUACGCAUGGCUGAGCUCCUUGGGAGUCUUCCACGGAAAACUGCUCGAUACACCAGCUGAUAGCAACCUUGGCGCAAAAGUCUUCUCUGAGUCGAGAAUGAUACAAAAAGCGCAGAUCGUGUCACCUGAGAAUGGUGGAAGGAGGAGAGCGACGACGGAGACCAUUGAUGCAAUUGCCUUGACGCAGUGGCAUAUUAUGGUCUCUGAGCACGACGUACUGGGUCCCGGCCAAAAGGCGGCAGGGUUCUCGGUCGACCUCCAAAAGAAUACCUUCUGGCUGUUUACUUUGGAGGAGAUAUUUGAGAUUGUGGUCCGUGAAGAAGACCGGAAUAUUUGGGAGAUUAUGAUGCGACAGCAGCAGUUUGAGCCAGCACUCGAGCAUGCGCACACGCAAGCGCAAAAGGAGACUGUGGCUGCCGCAUACGGUGACCACCUUGCCACCAAGGGGCAUUGGGACGAGGCAGCUGUCGUUUACGGGCGCAGUAACAAGCCAUUCGAAGACAUUGCAUUGAGUAUCAUUGACAACAACCAACCGGACGCCUUGCGAAAAUUCCUUCAAACAAAAUUGGCAUCGACAAGCAAAUCUGCCACUAUGCAGCGAAUCAUGCUCGCGAGCUGGCUAGUUGAGGUCUUCAUGGCCAAGCUUAAUUCGCUCGACGACACUAUAAUCACACAAGCCGAACUAUCAGAAAAGUUGAACCCAGCCGACUCACUGAAACUUCUGGUUUCAAUCAAGCGCGAGUACCAGGAUUUCAUCAAUCGAUACAAAAACGACCUCGACCAGAAGACGGUGUACGAUGUCAUCAGCAGCCAUGGCAGGGAGGAGGAGCUGCUUUAUUUUGCCAACUCGAUCAACGACUACAACUACGAGCUAGCAUAUUGGGUACAGCGAGAACGUUGGCACGAUGUCCUCAAUGUCUUGAAGAAACAGACAGACCAUGACGUUUUCUACCGCUACAGCAGUGUGUUAAUGACACACGUUCCCCAAGAGAUGGUCGAUAUCCUCAUGAGACACUCAGACCUGAAGCCACGAAGUCUCAUACCAGCUAUGCUCGAAUACAACAGGGCUUUCUCAGGGGGGCCGAACUCGCAGAAUCAGGCCAUACGAUACCUCAACUACGUGGUCUACCAGCUCAACUCCAAGGACGCAGCUGUGCAUAACACACUCGUCUCGAUAUACGCUUCACAUCCUGCCAAGGACGAAUCAGGCCUGCUUUCGUACUUACAAGCACAGGGGGACGAACCACGCUACGAUCCUGACUUUGCUUUGCGGCUUUGUAUCCAACAUCACCGCACACUAUCAUGCGUCCAUAUCUAUACUAGCAUGGGCCAGUUCCUGCAAGCAGUCGACCUCGCCCUUUCCCACAACGAGGUUGAGCUUGCAGCCGUGAUUGCCGACCGGCCAAUGUCGAACCCCCAACUGCGAAAGAGGCUGUGGCUAGCAGUAGCACGGAAGGUCAUCUCGCAAUCCAAUGGAAUCAAGACAGCAAUCGAGUUCCUUAAGCGAUGUGAUCUUCUCAAAAUUGAGGAUCUGAUUCCCUUCUUCCCAGAUUUUGUCGUCAUUGAUGACUUCAAGGAGGAGAUUUGCGGCGCGCUAGAGGACUACUCGCGUAAUAUUGAUAACCUGAAAAAGGAGAUGGAUGAGUCGUCGCAAACAGCGACGAAUAUCAAAGUCGACAUUGCGGCGCUGGAUCAUCGAUACGCUAUUGUCGAACCCGGGGAGAAGUGCUACGCAUGUGGUCUGCCAUUGCUGAGUCGGCAAUUCUUCGUAUUCCCCUGCCAGCACUCCUUCCACUCAGACUGCCUGGGCAGGAAGGUACUAGAGCAGUCUGGCGUUGGAAAGUCGUCCAAGAUUAAGGAUCUGCAACUGCAAGUCCAUAGGGGGCUUCUGAGCGGGCCAAAGAGGGAUGCCGUGGUUUCAGAGCUGGACUCCCUCGUGGCAUCAGCGUGGUUCAAGCAGGUUGUCGCGACCAUCCCUCGCGGCGCCAGGACUUCAGCCAAGAUCCACUCCAAGCGCUGGUGUUUCCUCGAAUUUGGCAAAUGGGCGUGGAAGCCAGUCGACUGA